AUGUCCAGCUUGGUCAGUAUAAGCAAGAAAUGUGUUGCCCAGAGGGCUCACAGGGAGAGAUCCAUGCCUGAGAAACGGGCGAGAUUUGGUAUCUUAGAGAAGAAGAAGGAUUAUCAACUCAGAUCAAAAGAUUACAAUGAGAAGAGAGCCGCUAUUAAGAAGUUGAAAAUUCAAGCUUUAGACAAGAAUCCUGAUGAGUUCCAUCAUCAUAUGCUUAACAGCGAAGUGAAGAAUAAUCUUCAUUAUGACAAGAAAACAGAAACUGAAGAAGCGGCCUCGAAGGUUCAGAAAAUGCUCAGUGAUGUCAAAGACUUAGAUUAUGUAAAAUAUAAGCUCACUGCAGAAAAAAAGCAUAUUGAUGAGUUGAAAUCACAAUUGCAUUUCGCUGAUACGACAACGAACGAACUUAAGAACAACCACGUCGUGUAUGUUGACGAUGCUGAACAAGCCAAGUCAUUUGAUCCUGUUGAUUACUUCCAAACUACUGAUGAGUUGUUAGCAAGACGUUACAAUAGACCGAAAGUAGAAGAUUUGGAGACAAAAGUUAUCGUAGGCACGUUCGAUAAAGCGACUGUUGACGAAGUUGAUCGAACCCGCAGAGUCAAAUAUAAUGAACUUUACAAAAGAAUUAAUCGAGCAAAAGAACUUGAAGUUGUCGUAGCGAAAUUACAACUCAAAAAGGAUUUGGCGGACUCAACGCGUGAAGUAGCUCCCAAGAAAGUCCGUAAAGGAGGAUCUAAGAAAGCGGCAGUUUACAAAUGGACUUAUGAGAGAAAACGAUGA